AUGACGUCGCAGUCCAGCUUGGAGGUGCAGUCGCAGCCGUCGCGCGACUUCUUCGCAUCGUCUCCCUCCGCCACGCCCUCUUCGCCUCGUAAGCCAGCACAAAGGCAGCUCGAACCGCCUGCGAGCACAAGGCAGCCGCAAAGCGAAGAAGCCGCUGCUGAGCUCGACGCUACAGAAGACGACUUCAGCAUCGUCGGCUCGACGAGCGCACAGAACGACCAGCCAUCCAGGCGACAACAGCCUCAUCGAGCUGCAGCCGACAAUGCCAAGCCGCUCUUCUUGGCCGACGAAGACGAAGACUUGGACGCCUUGGGUGGCGAGGAUGACGAACAAGCAGCGGCGGCCAGCUCAGACUUCUUCUCCACCCAGAUCGAUACCCAGGCCAAGUCUGCCCAGCGCCAAAAGGCCAAGAGCGACGACGAGGAGUUUGUUCCGUCAGCUCCGUCUCAUCCCAACGGCGACCGUUCUUCUUCACCUUCCGAGCCACAGCGCAAGAGAGCAACAGAGACGGCGUGUGCUGCGACCAAAAACGGCAAUGCAAAGCGACUCAGAAGCUCGUCGUCCUCUCCGGCUCCAGAAGCGUCCCGCAAGCGCUCGCCAAGCCCGGAUCCACGUCUGCGCCACGAUGCAUUCGACCGCCGCUUCCUUGGCACAUUCGUGCUCUCCGCCUGGUCACUAUCCAAAGGCUCCUCCUACGUCAAGCCAGGCGAUCCCGUUCGCAUCUUUCGCCCACGCAAAAAGCCCUUGCCCGCCGAGACGACCUCCAAGGCCUCCAAACUCACCAAUGGCGGCGUCAAAAAGACCAAGCAGGCGACGCUCAACUUUGGCGGCGCAGCCAGCUCGCCAACCUCCUUCUUCGCGUCCAAGCAAAAGUCCAAGGACAAGCAAGACUUUAUCGUGCGCUUCAGCAACAUGCGCGGCUUUGAAGUUGGCCGCCUCCCGCUCGAAGUCGCCACAUGGAUGUCCAAGCUCAUCGACGCAGGCAUCGCCGACUUCGAGGGCGUAGUCGUCGAUUGCCCCGCUUCGCUCACCGUCGGCUGCGACAUUCUGCUCCAAGUGAAGGCCUACAUCCGAUUCGAUGCCUUCUUCCUCAGCCUCACCGCCCUGGCAAACGGCGGCUUCGACGAGCAGAAUGACGGUCUGCGUCCAGAGACGGCCGAGUCCGAGAUCGAAAAGUCGUUACGCGAGCGCAAGAUCAGCCUCGUCCGCAUGUUCCGCGUGUGCGACCUCAAGCCGAGCCUCAGCAACUCCAUCCUCAAGGCGCACAAGGCGGUCGACGACUUUUCUAGCGACGCCAUGCUCGACCAGUACGGCGGCGAUGUGGCCGCUUCGGCUCAGGCUGGUGCUGCCGAGCCUGCAUCGUCGCCGUCAGCACCAAUCGAGGUCGACAGCAGCAGCGACGAGGCAGCUGCGGCCGAGGGCGGCAUAGCUACGCAGCUGCAAGAGGCGCAGCAGCAGACCGACGGCGAUGCGGAUGUAGACGAAAACGACGGCACGGAGCUCAACCUCAACCAGCUCGACGAAGUGUAUCGCAAAGCACAGGCGAAUGACGCGCAUCUGCCCGAGGUCGAGCCUCCGGACACGUUUCUGCUUACCUUGCGGCCGUACCAGAAGCAGGCGCUGGGCUGGAUGAAGAAUAUGGAAAAAGCGCCGGGCCCGUCGUCGCAGCAAGACGAGGCGUCACAGGCGAACGCGGGCGAGCGCAAUCUGUCGCUACAUCCGCUGUGGGAAGAGUACGAGUUCCCGCUCGACUACGACCAGCCCGAAGCGAAUGAGCGUUUGGUGCUCAGUCCGACGCGCAUGUUCUACUUCAACCCGUACACCGGCGAUCUCAGCCUCGACUUCCAGCGCGCCAGCAAGGGCUCGCGCGGCGGCAUUUUGGCCGACGAGAUGGGGCUUGGCAAAACCAUCAUGGUCACCAGCCUGCUGCAUGCCAACCGCAGUGCCGAGGAGGGCGAGGAGAGCAGCGACGAAGAAGUGGGCGAUGGCGAGGAUGGAUGGGCAGCUUCGGGCAAGCGGCGCAGCGCGGCUAAGCAGACAUCGCUCGCCUCGGCGUUUGCCGCGUCGGCAUCGAGCGGUGACGCGCGUCGGGCGCUGCUCAGGGCGUCCGUGGCCAAGGGCAAGGCGUCGCUCGUGGUGGCGCCCAUGAGUCUGAUCGGGCAGUGGCGCGACGAGAUCAUGCGCUCUUCGGCGCCCGGCUCGCUCACGCCCAUGCUGUACUAUGCCGACUCCAAGGCGGAUCUGCUCGCACAGCUCGAGUCGGGCAAAGUCAACGUGGUCAUCACGUCGUACGGCACCUUGGUCACCGAGUACCGACGAUUCCUGGAUGGCGGUGGUGCGGCGAAUCGGCAUCUGUCGAGUACGGCGCCGCUGUACUGCAUCGAUUGGCUGCGCGUCAUCCUGGACGAGGCGCACAACAUCAAGAACCGCUCUACGAUGAAUGCGCGUGCGUGCUGCGACCUGGUCUCGCGCCGGCGGUGGGCGCUGACGGGCACGCCGAUCAUCAAUCGACUCACGGACCUGUUUAGUCUGCUCAAGUUCCUGCGCGUCGAGCCGUGGGGCGACUUUAGCUUCUUCAACAGCUUUGUGUGCAAGCCGUUCCAGGCCAAGAGCACCAAGGCGCUCGACGUGGUGCAGGUCAUCCUCGAGUCGGUGCUGCUGCGCAGGGAGAAGCGCAUGAAGGACAAGGACGGCAGACCGAUCGUCGAGCUCCCGCCAAAGACGAUCGAGGUGCGCGAACUCGAGUUCAGCCCGAUCGAACGGAGGAUCUAUGAUAAUGUCUACCGCCGCGCGUUUAUGCAGUAUGCCACGCUGAAGGCCAACGGGACGGUGACACGCAACUUUUCGGUGAUCUUUAGCGUGCUGAUGCGCUUGAGGCAGGCGGUGUGCCAUCCGGCGCUCGUGCUGCAGGCGCGCAAGCGCAAAACCAAAGGUGGCGACACCGACGCUGCGGGGAGUGACGAGGUAGGUGGGGCGGAGGCAGGGGUGGAUGAAGAAGAUGCGGCUGGAUUCGGCGAUGGUGGGGAUGGGGAUGCGACGCCGGGGACGGAGGAUCUGCGCGAGCUCGUAGCGCAGUUUCAGUCGGCAGGGGAGGGCGAGGGCGAGGGAGAGUCGGGAGGCUAUUCGCGCGCCAUGGUGGAUCGGCUGCUCACCAACGCAGGUGGGGAUGCAGCAGCGAUGGAGAGCGAGUGCGCCAUCUGUUUCGAGGAUCCGCAGAUUGCGCCGUGCUACCUGCCGCGCUGCAUGCACAGUGCGUGCAAGGCGUGUCUGCUCGGCUACCUCCAGCAGUGCAUCGACCGGGGUGAGGAGCCUGCAUGUCCAACGUGUCGCACGGGUCCUGUCGCUGCGAGCGAUUUGAUCGAAGCGAUUCGCACGCGUCCACCCGCCUCGCCAGACGACAGGAGCGGUAUGAUCUAUGUGCGCAACAACCUGCUCACGUCGACCAAAGUGAGUGCACUCAUUUCGCACCUCAACCAGCUUCGUGCCGAGGGCAGCUUCAAGGGCGUCAUCUUCUCGCAGUUCACCUCGUUCCUCGACGUGAUCCAGCCGGUGCUGGCACGGUACCACUUCCGCUUCCUGCGGUUGGACGGGACGACGCCGCAGAAGCAGAGGGAGAAGUUGCUGGUCGAGUUCCAAUCCCCCGCGCGCGAGAGUGAGGUAGUGUUGUUCCUGAUCUCGCUCAAGGCGGGUGGCGUGGGGCUCAACUUGACAGCGGCGACAAAGAUUUGGCUGCUGGAUUUCUGGUGGAACAGCAGCAUCGAACACCAAGCCAUCGACCGCAUCCAUCGACUCGGUCAGACCAAGCCCGUCAAUGUGUACAGGUACCUCGUCAAGGACUCGAUCGAGAAUAGGAUUCUCCAGAUCCAGAAGAGGAAGGACUCGCUCAUCCACCAUGCACUCAACAAGGAUCCAAAGCAAACCGACACCGUCGGCGACUUGGACAUCCUCUUCGCCGAGUAG